AGUUCAGUUAAAGAACAGGUUAUGUUUCAACUUGUUCCUCCAUCGUUCGCUAUCCAUGCAUGUUUCGAAGAAAAUAGAAAAAGCCUGUAGUUAAUCAAAUUUACGAGCAUUUACGAGCGAGCAAGCUAGUUAUGUCAUUCCGAGCACGCGGCGGCAGAGGAGGUGGUUUCAGGGGUAAUCGAGGUGGCGGAGGAUUCAAUAGGGGCCGCGGUGGCGGUUUUGACAGGGGCAGAGGAUACGAUCAAGGACCUCCAGAGACGGUAACACCAUUGGGUCAUUUUACAUGGACAGUGGAGAAUGACUUAGUUCUUAAAGUUGACAUUGAACAGGUGCCUUUUUUCAAUGCACCAAUUUACACAGAGAACAAGCAACAGAUUGGCAAAAUAGAUGAAAUAUUUGGCAAUGUUCGUGACUAUUAUGUAUCCGUUAAGUUAUCAGAAAAUGUGAAGGCUGCAAGUUUUCAAAAAGAUGCUCAGUUGUAUAUCGACCCAGCAAAGCUGCUGCCUCUUCAAAGGUUUUUACAAAAACCUGGAGAUCAGAAAAGAGGCGGUGGUCCUGGCAGGGUCAUGAAAAGAGGCGCUGGAGGCCGAGGAGGUAGAGGUGGUAGCAGAGGAUCUUUCGGGAGAGGAGGCGGUGGUAACAGAGGUGGCGGUGGUGGAUUUAGAAGUCGCGGAGGAGGCGGUGGAUUCAAUCGUUUCAAUUCAGGUGGAGGUGGAGGUCGAGGAGGCGGAGGUAGAGGAAGAUGGUAGACUUCAAAAUUAGCAAUGUAUUAAAAUAUUUUAUAUGUGUGUACUUUAAUGCUAAAUAUGUAACUAUAAUGAUAUUGUAAAUGACAAAAAAAAUUAAAUAUUUUAUACAGGUUAAUUUUUUCCAAACUUUUUUAAAUUUUAACUAUGCAACAGACAGAUGUUAUUUACAGACAUGUGCGUACAUAUGCAUUACAUGAAUUUGUAUGAAGUGUAUACAUACAUUAAAAAUGUUGUAUAAAA